GUCAUUAUUCAAAUAUGAUGUCAUCAUAAAUUUUUCACAGUUUUUUUUUCUAUUUCUUUUUAUUUAUUUAAAAUUAUCAUGUAUUUUUUUUAGUUUGAAUUCUCGUGCUUGAGUGAAUCUGGCAUCCCUGUAAAGAAAUACAAGCAGAAGACAUUUUCGAAUAGGAAAAAUAUGUUCGAAAAUAAGGUUCUCGUGAGUCGCAAGAAGCAAAGAACAAUUGGUGUCAUCAAUUGAAUAUUUAUAACUGUUUAAAACGCAAAAACCACGCUUAUUUUACCAUAAUGGCAGAUGAAGAAGAAACUAAUGAGUAUCGCUGGGAGUCGGGAUAUGAAAAAACAUGGGAAGCUAUUAAAGAAGAUGAUGAUGGUUUAUUGGAAUCAAAUGUGGCUGAAAUAGUAGCCCGAGCCAAAAGGAAAAGAGCUGCCCUGAAAGCCACCGGUGCGAUCCAACUUGGAAUGAUGAGGCAUCUCUUUGUUGUUAUAGAUGCUUCAGAAUGCAUGUUUUUGCAGGAUUUGAAACCUACUCGCUUCCUCUGUGUUUUAAAGUUAUUAGAAUUGUUUGUUCAUGAAUUCUUUGACCUUAACCCAAUAAGUCAGUUGGGAAUAUUAACAACCAAACUGAAGCGCAGUGAACAAGUUUCAGCUCUUGCUGGUAACCAGAAAAAGCAUAUUGAGGCAUUACAACAAAUGAAGGAUACUUCAUGUGAAGGGGAGCCAUCACUUCAAAACUCAUUAGAAAGGGCUAUGAAUGGGCUGAAAAACAUGCCUGCCCACUCUAGUAGAGAAGUGUUGGUGUUAUUUGGCAGCUUGACUACUUGCGAUCCGGGUGACAUACAAAAAACGAUCAAGUCUUUGAAGGAGAAUAACAUUCGGGUUUCAAUCAUCGGGCUGGCGGCAGAAGUAAGGAUUUGCCGAGAAAUUGCCAAAAGAACUGGUGGCACUUACAAUGUUCUUCUCGACGAUCAUCAUCUGAAGGAACUCAUUCUAAAUCAAGUGCAACCACCGGCUGUAGCAGGUUCUAUGGAGGCCUCACUGGUGAAAAUGGGUUUUCCUGGAGGUAAAACUGGUUCAAGCGACGGAGCUUCAGAUUCUGCUGCAGAUCACGCCCCAGCUUAUUGUCUUUGCCAUAUUGAAAACGAAACAUCAUGUUUAAUGGGCAAUAACAGUGGCUAUAACUGUCCGCAAUGUGGAAGUCGUUAUUGUGAGCUCCCAGUUGAGUGCAAACAAUGCGGAUUGACUCUGGUUUCUGCCCCUCAUCUUGCCCGUUCUUAUCACCAUCUCUUUCCCAUCAAACCAUUUAUAGAACGAGCAGAAGUUCCCGAGAUGACGCAUUGCUUUGCGUGCGCCAAGCCUUUUGGUGAAUUGGAUCCCAAUGUUUACGAGUGUGAAAACUGCAAACAGAUUGUAUGUCUUGACUGCGACCUAUUCAUACGAGAAACAUUGCACACAUGCCCUGGAUGUGCUAGUGAUCCAGUCACAGCUCAAAUGAAAACUAACUGAAUAAAAUUGUUUCAUUCA